UGGUCUCCGUCCAGAGCAACGGGGUCUAUUGGUCCAUUAUAUACUGUCUAUGGAUGCACUACUACGCUGCAAUGGCGUUUUGCUGCCCUCUACUGUUUAUGACAAACAGUCACAUCUGACCAAUAAACGUUUUGCGUAAUGACGCAUUUUGGGAAAACGAAAGGAGAGCUCGCUCCAAGUUUACAAACUCGUCAAAGAUUCGGACCAGAGCAAACGAACCCCAGGUGUGAAUACGCCCUAAAACUCUGAAAGCAUGAAUUUGGACGAAUACUUCAAAAGAAUUGGUCUCCAUGGCUCAUAUGAUAAACCGGAUCUUGCAACCCUGAUGUUGAUCCACAAACAGCAUGUCAUGUCAGUUCCUUUCGAAAACCUCAGCAUUCACUGCGGUGAGACGAUCAUCAUGGACCUUGAGGUCAUUUUCAACAAGAUAGUGAGGAGCAGACGUGGAGGAUGGUGCCUUGAGAGCAACUUCCUGUUUGGCUGGGUGCUGAGAGAAAUGGGCUACGCCACUACGACGUUAGGCUCCAGAGUUUUCAUCGGCACCAGCAAUGAGACUUCCCCCUACGAAUCUCAUCUCAUCCACAUGGUUGUCAUUGAUGGAAAGGCUUAUAUAGCAGAUGUAAGCUUUGGGGUGUCUUCCCAAGUGUGGGAACCCCUGGCGCUCAUCUCUGGAGAGGACCAACCUCAGGCAGCAGGUGUCUUUCGUCUCAUAGACAAGGGGGACAUCUGGGUGCUGGAGAAAACGGGUAGAAAGCUAGAAAUUCUUAAUCCAGACUUUGCAAAAUCAAGUCUUGUCAACAAUAAUGAAACAAAGCAGAUCUACUGCUUCACCUUGGUGCCCCGUGAGGCUGAUCAUUUUUUUGAGAAAAACCACACACUCCAGACAGAUCCUACUUCACUGUUCACCAAUAAAUCCAUCUGCUCUUUGCAAACCCCAACAGGAUUUAGAGCCCUUGUUGGCUGGACCUACAGCGAGGUCACCUACAAACAAGAUGUUGAUGUCUAUGACAUGAGAAACAUAACAGAUGAUGAGAUAGAGCAAAUUCUGAGGGAAAAGUUUGAUGUAAAGCUGCAGAACAAACUGCAGCCUGUAAGCAAAAAAUCAUGUUACACACUUUGAAAUCCUACACGUUUUUAUUUUUAAAUUGAACCGGAAUGAUCUCACAGCUAGAGGUGUGAAUCUUCACUGAUCUUUCGAUU